AUGAAUUUGCUGGCUGUUUUCCUCGGUGUCCUGUGCUUCCUCGCGACUUUCGGAGAAGCUAUCGAAGUUCGUCGCAUCAAAUCGCAUCGGACCAUCUCGGGAAAACCCGCCAACUUUUUGCAAAGGUCAUUGCCAUGCAAAUACCAAGCUGAUUGUCCCUUUGAAACAAUCUGCGAUAAUAAUUAUUGUCUUACUCUCGAUGAACUCUUCAAGAAGUACGACGAACAUUAA